CCAAAAACUCCUACAUGUUGCGUUGCAGGUCUGGGUUUUCCCUGAGACUACCUUGACCUAGCUGACCUUUCUCGACCAAAACAGGGAAAGGACCUUGAGCUGGCUAUGGGCUACAAUCUAAAUGUACUUGUAUUGACUUUAAGCCAUGAGGCGGCACCAGGAACCAAACAUCACAACACAAAGGCUUUCAUUACCAGAUACUGAUCAGUCAUGGCUGGGCUCAGCCACCUGAUGAUGACUACUAUUGUUAUCAUGUUUAUUAAUGACCUGUUAACAAAUACCAGCAAGGAAUCAUUGACUAUCCACCCUCCCAGCAGAAGUCAUAUAACAUAACGGAGGGAACGUCUAAGAAGUUGAAAGAGAACUCUUCAGCCUUUUGGAAUUGAGACUGUACCAGAUCCACCAGACGUUGGGAUUUAAAGUCCUCUGUUGAACCAGGCCGGCACCAACAUUUUAGACAGUCCCAACAGCACCAGAGGAAGGGAGUUCAUCUAGGAUCAGACAGUAUGCUGGCUCAGAUCCUACAGGAGAUGUGGGUGGACCCAGAGGUUCUGGAGGCCCUGAGUGAAGACCAGAGGAGAAUCUUGUUUCUGAAGAUGAGAGAGGAGCAGGUCAGACGCUGGAUAGAGAGGGAGGAGAAGGACGAGAGAGGGAGGAGAACCAGGGAACAACACAGGUCUAAAGAAGGUCACAGUAAGAGCGUGCACUGGCUGUUGGGUCGUGAUGGGGAUGUGAGUGUGAGCGUGAUCGGAGAGGUGGAUGAAUUUAGAUCCUCCAAACUCCCCCAGACCCUUCGUACCAACACCAGACUACAGAGUACAGAAAUGAACAACCUAGUGGUUGAUCUCCAUACUGUGUCUCUACUGGCAGACAGAGAGAACCACCAAACCAGCUCACAAUCAGCCACACUGAUGCAACUCAGCGUAGACUCAGACGGCUCUAAGGACUCUGAGGAGGACCACGACUCAGGCAGCGCUGAGGACGACCCAAAGGACCCCGUGGAGGACAGCAGCGACAAUGAGUCAGGCAACAGCACAGACGACCUAAAGGACUGGGGCCUCUGCCACAGACCCCACCACAGCAACAUCAGCCUGUCUCUACAACCCCAGCUGUCAGUCACAGAGAAGGCCCGCCCACACGGCAGAGGAGUGGUGGUCAAUCAUGAGGAGGAGAGCCCAGCUUUUGGUGGUCGGGUGGCCCAGCUCAGGAGAACGUUUGCCACAUCCUCUCCCAUCGCCAAGCCCCCUGUGCCCACCAAACCUUCGCACCUGCAGCUGGUGCCCAGGUCCUCUCUGAGGUAACACUGGGGUCACCCACGGUCAACCAAUCACACAGAAGAGGUACUGCCCACCUGAAGAGCUCAUUUGAAUACCAGGUAAAAGUGACCUACGGACAGACACUCACCUGAGGAACGGUGCAGAGAAAUAGGAGCUCCAAACUUAGCCGAGUUAAAGGUGGACAUGCACAGCUGAGUGGGAGGAAUGCUUGACACUGGUACUCUGGUGAAGUGCCCCCCUCGUUGAAGGUUUGUGGAGACUGCAUGGUAGUUAUACAGUUCCACCUCUCCUUGAACCUAAAUACACAAGAGGUUUGGACAUGGUUAAUACAAGAGCUAUUUCUACAUAGUUACAUGGAAGUUUGUAUCUGAUUUGUACAUGGGGUGGAGGAAAAGAUUUAGCUUUACGUUUCUAAUCAGGAAUUAUGCAUAAUUUAUUUUCACUUUGCUGUCUCUCGUAUGUUUGGGUCAUAGGUCAAACCAUCCUGGUAUGUUUGGGAUAUAGGUCAAACCAUCCUGGUAUGUUGGGCCAUAGGUCAAACCAUCCUGGUAUGUUGGGCCAUAGGUCAAACCAUCCUGGUAUGUUUGGGCCAUAAGUCAAACCAUCCUGGUAUGUUUGGGAUAUAGGUCAAACCAUCCUGGUAUGUUUGGGUCAUAGGUCAAACCAUCCUGGUAUGUUUGGGUCAUAGGUCAAACCAUCCUGGUAUGUUUGGGUCAUAGGUCAAACCAUCCUGGUAUGUUUGGGUCAUAGGUCAAACCAUCCUGGUAUGUUUGGGUCAUAGGUCAAACCAUCCUGGUAUGUUUGGGUCAUAGGUCAAACCAUCCUGGUAUGUUUGGGUCAUAGGUCAAACCAUCCUCUCAUGUUUUUAGCUACCAGAUCUUUUGCUUUAUUAAUUGUGUUCAUUAUCUAACAGUCUAACCUCGUAGGCUUUCUAGUCAUAUCAUGUUUUGUAUAUCUGCACUGUAACUGCAUUUGUUUGAGGAGGCUAUUUCUAUUUUGCGUGUGAAACAUGCUUGUGCAAAACACAUACCUGUAUUUCUUUGACCUGUUGGUCUCUAAUUCAGCUAAAUAAAAAUCUGAAGAAA